AUCGUAUAGUUUUUGAUUAAAUGAUCAAAAGUUAAUUUAAUAUAUAUUUUCAUUAAAAAUCAAGUGAAUUGAAUACUAAAUCAACGCUCAAUGAUAUGAAUAACACUUUUCACUUCACUUACACUAAACAAAAGAUCGGAAGACAGAGAAGAUGUCAAAACUUUUAGUCAACCUAUUUAUGCUUAAAACUCGUCUCGUUGUGAACGCAUACACCGUAACGACACUUCCCUUAUAUUAUGUGAUACAAAAGCCGUGGCGAACGGUCGCCGCCGCCAACAAAGUCCGCACCAAAAACUAUGAGACAAUCAAUGGGGAAGUGGUGUGGAGUCGAUCGCAUCCGUUGCCCGACCAUACGUUCCUUCAGUACAACUCUUAUGCGGAAGUGUUAAAGAAUCUAAAGAAUAAUUAUGCCUCGAAUCGGCCGAUGUUAGGCAAGAGGGAUGUUAUCCGAGAGACUGUUGAGAAAGAUAUCAAUGAGUGGUAUUAUAGCGGUUUCCUAAUCAGUUUAAACCACAGUUUUUCCCUCUGUUUCACUAGUAAACCCGCCUGUUUUCUUCACGAAGUGCCGAAUUUAAAGUCAAUUGUUUACAUAAAAAAUACUAAAGACCAAACAUUGAGUGAUAGUUUUCCCGACAAUCUUUCGGUCAAAUCAUUAGAACAGUUAGAAGAGUGCGGAACCAAUGACAAGAGGGAACUCGAAUAUGAUUUGCCAAAAGAUACCAAAGAAACGGCGGUUAUUAUGUAUACAUCGGGAACCACUGGCAAUCCGAAGGCCGUUUGUAUAUCACAUAAGUCACUGAUGGCGAGUCUUAAAGUACUUCUUAGCAACACUACCGAUGAUAUGUCCGACGGAGUUGAUAAUCAUAGUUAUAUGUCUUAUCUGCCAUUGGCUCACAUUUUGGGCUUUACUUUUGAAAUGUUUCUACUUUUUGGUGGCGUCAGAAUCGGAUACAGUUCGCCAUUUACACUGACCGACACAUCGCCCGGUCUGGCCAAAGGACAGUUAGGGGACGCCAGACUUCUUCAGCCGACAUCGAUGACAGCGGUUCCUCUAGUGUUGGAUCGCAUUUUGAAAGAAAUAUAUGAGAAACUCAACUCCAGAUCUCCCAUAUUAAGUUAA